AUGCCUGGGCUACCAUCAUCCGUCGACCUCGACGAGUGCAUCUCGCGCCUGUACAAGAAGGAGCUCCUCGCCGAGUCCGUCAUCGAGGCCAUCUGCGCAAAGACAAAGGAGCUUCUGAUGCGCGAGAGUAAUGUCGUCCACGUCCGCGCCCCCAUCACCGUCGUCGGCGACAUCCACGGCCAGUUCUUUGAUCUGAUCGAGAUCUUUCGCAUCGGCGGCUACUGCCCCGACACAAACUACCUCUUCCUCGGAGACUAUGUCGACCGCGGCAUGUUCAGCGUGGAGACCAUCUCGCUGCUUGUGUGUUUAAAGCUACGAUACCCCAAUCGCGUGCAUCUGAUCCGCGGGAACCACGAGUCGCGCGGCGUCACCCAGUCAUAUGGCUUCUACACCGAGUGCUCGCGCAAGUAUGGCAACGCCAACGUGUGGCACUACUUUACCGACAUGUUUGACUUUUUGACUUUGAGUGUCGUCAUCAACGACCAAAUAUUCUGCGUCCACGGCGGUCAGUUUCAAGCCCGCGUCUGCUCUGCAGCAGCUCUAAUACGACGUCUAGGCCUCUCCCCCUCCAUCCAUUCUAUCGACCAAAUCAAAAUCAUAGAUCGCUUCCGCGAGAUCCCCCACGAAGGCCCCAUGGCCGACCUCGUCUGGUCCGACCCCGACCCCGAGCGCGACGAGUUCUCCCUCUCCCCGCGAGGUGCUGGCUACACGUUUGGAGCCCAAGUGGUUAAGAAGUUCCUGGCCGUCAACAACAUGUCGCACAUCCUCAGGGCCCACCAGCUCUGCCAAGAAGGCUUCCAGGUGCUCUACGACGACCGGCUCAGCACCGUCUGGAGCGCCCCCAACUACUGCUACCGCUGCGGCAACAUGGCCAGCGUUCUCGAGGUUAGCGAUACAGGGGAGCGUUUCUUUAACGUCUUUGCAGCCGCCCCCGAGAAUGACAUGCAUAAGGAGCUGCAGCCCGGGAACGAAAAGUCUGCCGACGGUAAUGCCUUGCCAGACUAUUUCCUCUGA